AUGGCAGCGGCACGUUGUGCUCCUCCUUCGAACUUUGCAAGUUUCACCUUUCCUCUAAAGAGAGAAGCAGAAAAAGUAAUCAUGCCGAAGAACAAGGGAAAGGGAGGAAAGAACAGGAAGAGAGGUAAGAAUGAAGCCGAUGAUGAAAAGCGUGAACUUGUGUUUAAGGAAGAUGGACAGGAGUAUGCCCAAGUGCUUCGUAUGCUGGGUAACGGUCGCUGUGAAGCCAUGUGCAUUGAUGGGACGAAGCGACUUUGUCACAUCCGUGGUAAGAUGCACAAGAAGGUUUGGAUUGCAGCCGGUGAUAUCAUUCUUGUUGGUCUUCGUGACUAUCAGGACGACAAAGCUGAUGUGAUCCUCAAGUACAUGCCUGAUGAGGCUAGGCUUCUGAAGGCAUAUGGAGAGCUUCCAGAGAACACACGUCUUAAUGAGGGUAUUGCCGGGGGUCUUGAAGACGAGGAAGAAGGCGGUGCUGAUGACUAUAUUGAGUUUGAGGAUGAAGAUAUUGAUAAGAUAUAG